GCCAUGUCGGGGCGGCUCCGGGGCUGCGGGGUCGGCGCUCUACCCGCGCUGCUGCUGCUGCUGCUGCUCGGACCGCCGGCGACGCCGGGCAUCACGUGCCCAGCUCCCACAUCUGUGAAACAUGCAGACAUCUGGGUCAGGAGUUACAACCUCAACUCCAGGGAGCGGUAUGUUUGUAACUCUGGCUUCAAGCGUAAAGCCGGGACCUCCAGCCUGACCGAGUGCGUGUUUAACAAGACUCUGAACAUCGCCCACUGGACCACUCCCAAUCUCAAGUGCAUCAGAGACCCCUCCCUGAGUCACCAAAGGCCACCCUCUACAGCAGCACCGACAGGGGUGACCCCAGAGCCAGACAGCCCCAACCCUUCUGGGAAAGAGCCAGCUUUUACUUCCAAGUCAGACACCACAGUGGCCACAAGGCUGGCUACUGGACCAGGCUCCAGGCUGAUGCCAUCCAAAGCUCCUUCUGCAGGGACGACAGGGGUAGUCAAUAAUGAGCCCUCCCAAGUGCCAGCUCAGACAACAGCCAAGGCUCCAGAACACACCACCUCGGCCUCGCAGGACCCGCCCGGUGCAUAUCAGUACAAUCCCAGAGCUGUGACCGCGGCCAUCUCCACGUCAGUGGUCGUGCUCUGUGGAGUGUGCGUGGCAUGUCUUCUGGUACUUUACGUACGUUACAUACGGUCAAGGCAAGCUUACCAGAUACCCAGUGUUGAAAUGGAAGGCAUGGAGGUCGUGCCAAUGACUGGGGGAACCGACGCCAGAGGGGAGGGCACAGAAAAUGAACCACAGGACCUAGGAGGCUCCAGGGGACGCCGAGGACAGCAAAGGCCACAGUGAAGGCCCAGCUCUGCUCCAGCCAAAGAGGACCUAGAGAAGCCCUGGGGCGGUGGCCUCGGGGAAAAGCCCGCCAGGGUGAGAAAACAUCCUGGUACCAUUUUGCCGACUGCCCAGCUCAGGUACCGCCCGUAUGAGUGGGUUCUCCGGGUUCAGGACGGACACUCGCUCCCUGCCCUGGGGCACAAGGCCCAGUCCCCAAUGUCCCAGCGGUCGACACUUUCCCAGGAGAGAGUGAAGGCCUCAGGUCUUCCUAUCAGAGCUUUUAUUUCAUCAUGACAUUUAUUCAGGACAGCUUAGCCACUCGACUCACCCGGACCUGCAGUUUACAAAGAAAAGAAAUACGCUCGAGGCUCCAAGUGAAUUUCGAGGCUCCUCCUGGCUUGGGAGAUGUUUACAAGGAUGACACCAGCAUUUCAGCUCCUAAAACCUCUCUCUCAGCUACGUGCUCUGUACACACUGAAAGGGAGCAGAGAGGUUGUGCCCAAUGGAUGCUCUUGAUUUAAAGGUUCAGAAGGAAAACUGAACUUGGUGACAUUUUCUAUAGAUGUGCAUUUAUAUUUAUAUCCUUGU